GCGUGCCGGGGCGUGCCGGGGGCGGUGUACGGCGAGGGACGGCGGCGGGGCUGUCUGAGGGAAUGCGGGCGGCCAAGAUGGCUGCCGCCGCCGCCGCCGCUGCCGGCCGUCACCUGCUGAGGAGCUGCAGCCAGCUGCGGGUGCCGCUGCGAUGGAGAGCCCAGGCGCCGGCGGCCGCGGUGACCGGGAGCGCCGAGCCGCGGGCGCAGCCCCAGGAGCGGAAACCCAAGACAGGAAUCUUGAUGCUGAACAUGGGGGGCCCGGAGCGGCUGGAUGACGUCCACGAUUUCCUGCUGCGUCUCUUCCUGGACAGAGACCUGAUGACCCUUCCAGUUCAGAACACGCUGGCCCCGCUCAUCGCCAGGCGCCGCACGCCGAAGAUCCAGGAGCAGUACAGCAGGAUCGGCGGCGGCUCCCCCAUCAAGAAGUGGACGGCGCUGCAGGGAGAGGGCAUGGUGAAGCUGCUGGACAGCAUGUCUCCUCGCACUGCUCCUCACAAGUACUACAUCGGGUUCCGCUACGUGCACCCGCUGACGGAGGAGGCCAUCGAGGAGAUGGAGAGGGACGGCGUGCAGAGAGCCAUCGCCUUCACCCAGUACCCCCAGUACAGCUGCUCCACCACGGGAAGCAGUUUAAAUGCCAUUUAUCGCUACUACAACCAGAAAGGGGAGAAGCCAAAGAUGAAGUGGAGCAUCAUUGACCGCUGGCCCACACACCCCCUUCUCAUUCAGUGCUUUGCUGAUCACAUCCAGAAGGAGCUGAACCUGUUCCCCCCAGAGAAGAGGAAAGAGGUGGUGAUCCUCUUCUCAGCCCACUCGCUGCCCAUGUCGGUGGUGAACCGUGGUGAUCCCUACCCCCAGGAAGUGGGAGCCACUGUCCAGAGGGUCAUGGAGAAGCUCAACUACUCCAACCCCUACAGGCUCGUGUGGCAGUCCAAGGUUGGACCAAUGCCCUGGCUUGGUCCCCAGACAGACGAGACCAUCAAAGGGCUGUGCCAGCGAGGAAAGAGGAACAUGCUGCUGGUGCCAAUAGCAUUUACCAGUGACCACAUUGAGACACUGUAUGAGCUGGACAUCGAGUAUGCCCAGGUUUUAGCCAACGAGUGUGGAGUUGAAAACAUCAGAAGAGCGGAGUCUCUCAAUGGAAAUCCACUGUUCUCCAAGGCCCUGGCAGACCUGGUGUGCUCCCACCUGCAGUCCAACGAGGUGUGCUCCCGCCAGCUGACCCUGUGCUGCCCGCUCUGCGUCAACCCGGUGUGCCGGGAGGCCAAGGCGUUCUUCAGCAGCCAGCCCCUGUGAGCCCGGGCUCCUGCUGCUCUGGGGCACUGCAGCCAGCCCCCGGGAGCCCUGGGAGCCCCUCUGAGCCCCUGUGAGCCCGGGCUCCUGCUGCUGUGGGGCACUGCAGCCAGCCCCCGGGAGCCCUGGGAGCCCCUCUGAGCCCCUGUGAGCCCGGGCUCCUGCUGCUGUGGGGCACUGCAGCCAGCCCCCGGGAGCCCUGGGAGCCCCUCUGAGCCCCUGUGAGCCCGGGCUCCUGCUGCUCUGGGGCACUGCAGCCAGCCCCUGGGAGCCCCUGUGAGCCCUGGGAGCCCCUGUGAGCCCGGGCUCCUGCUGCUCUGGGGCACUGCAGCCAGCCCCCGUGAGCCCUGGGAGCUCCUGGGAGCCCUGUGAGCCCUGGGAGCCCUGUGAGCCCCUGUGAGCCCGGGCUCCUGCUGCUGGGGGGCACUGCAGCCAGCCCCGUGAGCCCUGGGAGCUCCUGUGAGCCCUGUGAGCCCGGGCUCCUGCUGCUGGGGGGCACUGCAGCCAGCCCCCGGGAGCCCUGGGAGCUCCUGUGAGCCCUGGGAGCCCCCGUGAGCCCUGUGAGCCCUGUGAGCCCCUGUGAGCCCGGGCUCCUGCUGCUCUGGGGCACUGCAGCCAGCCCCUGGGAGCCCCUGUGAGCCCUGGGAGCCCCUGUGAGCCCUAUGAGCCCUGUGAGCCCGGGCUCCUGCUGCUGUGGGGCACUGCAGCCAGCCCCUGUGAGCUCCCUGCUGCUGUGCCCCCCAGCAGCCAGCCCCUGUGAGCUCCCUGCUGCAGUGUCCCCCAGCAGCCAGCCCCUGUGACUCCCUGCUGCUGUGCCCCCCAGCAGCCAGCCCCUGUGAGCUCCCUGCUGCUGUGCCCCCCAGCAGCCAGCCCCUGUGAGCUCCCUGCUGCUGUGCCCCACAGCAGCCAGCCCCUGUGACUCCCUGCUGCUGUGCCCCACUGCAGCCAGCCCCUGUGACUCCCUGCUGCUGUGCCCCACUGCAGCCAGCCCCUGUGACUCCCUGCUGCUGUGCCCCACUGCAGCCAGCCCCUGUGAGCUCCCUGCUGCUGUGCCCCACUGCAGCCAGCCCCUGUGAGCUCCCUGCUGCUGUGCCCCCCAGCAGCCAGCCCCUGUGAGCUCCCUGCUGCUGUGCCCCACUGCAGCCAGCCCCUGUGAGCUCCCUGCUGCUGUGCCCCACAGCACAGCACAGCACAGCUCACCCCGGGGCAGGGCUCCUGGUGUUUUCUUUCAGAAGGGUAUUGGGGAUUGGGGAGAUGAGGGCAUUUAUCCUGUCAGGUGUGAGAGAUCUUGUGUCAUCCAGCCCAACAGGACUCGCUGAAAAACCUACACAGCUUUUUUACAAUUAGCUUCUAUUUCUAUGCAGGGGUUUACUCGUGUGCAGGCUGGUCACGAGCUCAUUACCGUGCCAGGUCGAAGGUACACUUAUUUUGUUAUUUUGGUUUUGCUUAAGGUGCAGUCUGAGCAGCACAGUCUGCUGUCUGCUCUGAGAGGGACUUUGCAGCUGGCUUUGGAGACUUUGGAGAUCAAGUUACUUCUAAUGCUUUUUAAUAAGGCCUGUAUGUAUAUAUUUUUUGAAUUUUUUUUUUUAGAGCAUAAAGAUAAGGCUUUGUUUUGGUUUGGUUUUCUCCUGCCGGAAACUUCCCGUGAAAGCUUAGCUGGGAUAGUAGAAUGCACAAAACUUGUUUACAUUUUCUAGGAAAAACAUUUUCAUUAUCUGCAGAAAAUUAUUUGAAGAGUAUAAAUUGAAAAUAAUUAGCCUGCUUGGGUAAUGCUGGAGAAUUUGCUCCAUUGAAACUGUGUGUUUCAAGUCUAGCAGGAGCAUGUGUGGAAACAUGCUGGUGUAUCUGUUAAGCAGAAUGGCUUUUUAAAUCCUUAUUUUUAUUAAAAAAGGGCUUUUUCUGUUUGGUGAAGUAAAUUUAGGAAGGCAGGCUUGUUCCCCGGGAGGUUUAUAGAUCCACUCUGUGCUUUCUACUGUGCCACAGCCCUGUGGUUUUGUGGGAUAGCUGUGGGGUGCCAUGGGUGGGCCUGACCUGGCUUAACUGCUGUUAUUUGAGCAGGAGACGAUCAGUCAGGAGUCACCUAGAGCUUCGGAUGCCCGAGCCCAGGCUGCCCGUGCUGGGGCUCUCCUGAGGGGCUGCCUGCCCCCAGCAGGGCCGUGCCCAGGGCACGGGGUCCCCUCCUGCCCGCUGUGACAGGAGCAGAGCUGUGACAGUGGCGUGAGCCCUGCGUGUGGCAGCCCCGCUGGCACCCCUUGUUUACUUGAUGUCCUUAGCACUGAAAUGGCAGCAGCUGGGCACUGCAGGCUGCCCCCUGGCACUUGCUGGUGCCUGGGGAGCAGGUGCCACGCUGCUCAGCCAGGCUGAUCUGCUCAGGUAACCGUGAGGCACCCGCAGCUUGGACCUCGGGCCUUUAGGGAGCAGGGUGUUCAAGGAGGGGUUUAGCAGGGGUUUGUCCCGUUCUGUUUGUUGCUGGAAUUAGGGAUGGGGUGCUGAGGAACGGGUGGAUCCCGUGUUGAGCACCUGUGCAGUGCUGUGCACCCCAGUACCUCUGCAGAGCUCCACUGCCAUGCCUGCUUCCAGGGUGGGACAGACUGACAUUCCUGCAGCGCCAGCACUGCUGCAGCACCCUGCUCCCCACAGAAAGAAGUCUUCCUUCCCUUCCUGCCUGUGCCUGUUCCAGUGGCAGGGAGCCAGGAGCUCCUCUCCCCCUCCUCUCCCUCCCCCUGGGCUCUGCUCACAGCCUGGGCAGGAAGAAGGAGCACAAAUGUCCACGGUGUCUGGGAACACUGGCCUUACGUCUCUCCUUGGACAAAGAACUUCCUCUGCCUCGCUUCUCUGCGUGACACUUUGGGAUCAGUGGAAAACUAUCUGGUCUGUCAAAUCUUCCUGCCCACUCCUGGUUCCUCACAGCUGGGGGGAGUGCGGACCUUCCAGUGCUCCAGGCUGGGACCACCGCAUUUACAAGUGUGGCAAGCAAAGGUUAACAUCAUAUGAACCUUGUGGUAUUAUAAAUACAGAUGGCUUUUCAUUUUCAUACUGGAGAGAGUCCUGAAAAUACCAGCUGGCACUGAUUCUGAGGCAUUACAUUUGUCCCCAGUAAUAAAAGACACUUAAAAUUCACUUUGGAGUGUUCUAACCACAAGCAGGAUAAUUACUCUGCUGCUGCUGUUACACCAUCAUGCAGAAAUCACUUAAUUUUCCAGCUUUUAGCAGAUGGAGCCUGUCUCACAGAGCUGGUGGUGCUGUUUGCUGUCAGGCUAGUUUUCAUCAGGGUUUCUGAGGAGUUUCAUCUCCCAGGCCGGUGCCCAGCGUGGGUGGGUGUGUGCCCCAGGAGAGAUGAAUCCGUGGUGCCUGUGCCUUCCUGAGCCCUCCUCAGGGCUGUGUCCCACCCAGUUUGCAGCUCAGCCUGCCCUGCAGGUGCUCUGAGCUGGCUGGAGCCCUGGGGGACUGUGGGCCUGGCAGGAGUCACUGUCCUGGCCCAGGGGAUCUGCCCUGUGGGGCUCUGGCCUCAGGAUAUCGGCUGGAAAUUGGAGUCAGGAACAGCCCGUGGUGUCCUCAGGGAAGAAAUGGGAAGUAAAGGGGUCAGCUUGUUUUCCUGCUCUAACACUCAGUUAGAGCAGUUUGGCUUAUGUUUUCGUUAUUGAGUGAAUUUUUCUUUUUGAGUUUCUUUUUAACCUGUCUGUCGGUCCUCGCUGCAUUUCAGAGAAGGUGGAAGCUCCCAGAAGGUGCUGUGACACCACGGGGCUGUGGGUGGUGUGGGAGCUGGCUCCUGCCAUCCCCUGGACAGGAGGGUGGCACAGCUGAGCUCAGGGAUUCCCAGAGUACCUAAAAGCUCAGUGAAUUCUCCCAGAGAGCUGGGGAUCACCUUGAAGUGCAAGCUGCAAGGCAGAGCAGCUCCCUUGGGUUUGCUCGUGCCACGUGUGUACAGAUACUUGCUCUUAGCCCAACACAUGCAUUUCUGAUUGACCAAGGACUUCCACUGGAUGUAACCCAGCAAAUCUGGAUACUCCUGCUGUGUGUCGUUUGCCAUAAGGAUGGAAUUAAAGUUCUUUGGAGGAAA